AUGAAGGUUUCCGGUAGCAUGGAACCUACAUUCCGGAGACGCCAUGGAAGGGACAACGUCCGGGUAUUCAAGCCCCUCCUUCGCGCCUACGCCCUGGGGUACCUGUCUUCCGUGACCCCGAAAUUGGUGUCGUAUGUACGCCGAUUGCGCAAUAAGGACUGGACUGCGCAACAGAAACUUCAAGAGUUAGUUAAAGUGUUGACUGGCCCUUCGCGUCUAAACAGUUUCCCAACAGCGUGUGCUUCCCUGGUCGGUGGUUCAACCCUACUACCAAUAGGAUUCUAUCGUCUGUGUGCAUUGGUCACAGCAGGGCUCUCCAAACAUGAAAUUCAGAUUUCACAGAGGCUCGACCGCUUAAUUAGAUUCGUCAUCACUUUUCUAUCUGGGUGGUUCAGUUUUCAACUGCUGAACAGCAACCGCAUCUGUCUACCAACAGAAGAUGCCAGACCUAUCCGGAACUCCACAGAUCAGGGGAAGGACUCUGAUCAGGUCAUGGCCAAUCCGCUGAAGCAUCACCGCCCAGAAUUAGCAGGGAGGACAAUGGACCUCACCAUCUACAUGGUCACAAGAGCUGUAGAUGCGGUCGCGUGUGCUGCAUGGGGUCGCUGGUCCCGUCGCCGCCGGGCACAGAAUCGCUGGACGACUAUUGAAUCCCUGGCCCCUGGCUUCGCCGACGCAACUGUCUUUGCCAUGAGUGCCGCUGUAGUCAUGUGGGCGUGGUUUUAUCUUCCUGAAAGACUGCCCAGAACCUACGAGAAGUGGAUCGGGGAAGCUGCUCAGGUCGAUUCGCGUUUAAUUGAAGCCUUGCGUCGUGUUCGACGGGGAGUAUUUGUUUAUGGAAAGGAUACAGGCCAAGCACCUCUUCUCCAGUCGAUGUGCAAAGACUACAACUGGCCAGAGGUUUGGGGGACCCAGCAAAAUUGUGAGAAACACGCAUUGUCUCGAUUUGCCAAAACCUUCAAAUUUGCCUGUGCAACCUACAUACCCCUACAAAUUGUCUUCCGUCUGCGCAGGAUGAAAUCUGCAACUGCCCUCCGUCGGGCCCUUUCUGAUGCAGCACAAUCAUCUGCCUUCCUCGCAUCUUUUGUGAGUUUAUUUUAUUACGGCGUCUGUCUCGCUCGGACACGACUUGGCCCCAAGAUCUUCGAUGCGAAGACUGUCACUCCGAUGAUGUGGGACUCUGGGCUUUGUGUCGGUGCGGGAUGUCUCAUGUGUGGUUGGAGUAUAUUGGUUGAAAAGACGCGGAAGAGACAGGAGCUAGCACUAUUUGUGGCACCCCGGGCUGCCGCCACGGUUUUGCCACGGUUGUAUGAUAAAAAGGUACGUAUCGGACCCUCGCAUCUCCUGUCCACAACAGGGUUACACCCACAUCCCCUCCACUCCCUUCUCAAUGUCUCCAAAUUAGCCUGCCGCAGGCUCCAAAACAAUCACGAGGUACUGACGUGUGUUGGUGUUUCCCAGUAUCAAUAUCGAGAGCGUGUUGCAUUUGCUGUUAGCGCUGCUAUUCUUAUUACUUUCCUCCGCGAGCGACCUAGCAUGAUACGAGGUGUUUUUGGUCGCAUCACAUCGAGUGUGUUGAAUUAG